GGUCCCAGCCCUGCAGCUCCUGCGGUGCCGGAGCCGCUGCCCUCCGACCGUCCAGCUCGUCGUGCCGGAGGAGGAGCAGCAUCGCCGCGGCUCCAGGCACCGCCGGCAGCCUGUCCGGUGAGCUCUGCGCUUCCACUGCCUGCUUGCUGCUUGCUCCGGGCUUUGCCUGCUUUCAGCUACUCAGAUCAUGAUAUACAAGGACCACUGUUACCUCAGGACAGAAAUCGAUCCAAAAUGGACACCAUUGAACAUUUGAGAAAGAAACUCCAGAAACCUGAGAAAAAAAAUUUGGAAUUAACCAAUCAGUGCAAUCAAGAUAGGUCUCGCUAUGAAAAAGAAAUAAUGAAAUUAAGGUUAGAACUCGAGAGAGGAGAGGCUCUUCAUCGAGUUCGGGAGAGUGAAAUGUCCUCUGCUAGAAAAGAGGCUCAUGUGCAGAUGUAUUCUGCAGAAGACAAGCUAUGUGAUGUAAAAGCCAAGCUUUUGGAACUGCAAGUACUCAAUGACAAGUAUCAGCAGAAGGUAGCAGAGAUUAAAAAACUGUUUCAAAGUGCUUGGUGGCAGUGGGAAGAGGAACAACAAAAAUCUGCAGUGGAGAGAGAUAACAUCCGCAGAGUGUACCUCGCUGAAGUGAAAUACCUUAUUAAAGAAAAAGCUCAAACAGAAAAGGCUUGUCAGGAAAUGGAUGCUGUCCUGCAAAACACGCUCAGGAAGUUGAGGGAUAUGGAGGUAGAGCUCCAUGGCUGCAGUGAGAUCCUGAGGCUCCGGGCUGAUCAUCUGGAUCUCAAGGAUAGACAGAAGGACAGGCUUGUCAGGAAGCUGGAGGCAGCUACAGUGAAACCAAAGAAACUGAAGGAAAAUACUGAAGCAGCAAGACUAGCACAUAUGGAAUGUAAAUACACUACAGAAGUCAUGCAGUUAAGAAUUCGAGAACUUGAAGAUGCUUUGAAUGAAGAGCAAGGCAGCAGGAGAGAAGCUGUUCCAGUGGUAGCAAAGAAAGAUUUCCGAGAGUCAGAAAAUUCACAUGAGAGAGGGGAAAAAGUCAGCAGAGAGAAAGGGAAGUUCUUGUUUCAUACUUCAUUCUCAGGAGCAGAGGUACCCCCUUUCCCUCAGGGCAAAGGAUCUUUUUUCCGAAACACUUCCGAAACCUUUUCUGUUCCUGCAUUUCCCACAGUUAUGUUACUGAAAGAGGGAGCUGUCCAUCCUCCUAAACAUAUUCCAGAGCAUGGCAGUGGGUUCCAGAGGGAGCUGUCCAUCCUCCUGAACAUAUUCCAGAGCAUGGCAGAGAGCCAUGUGAUUGCCAGACUCCCAGACGUUCCCCUGGAAGUGUUACCCUGGAGAGAGUUUUGUGAACUCUUGCGUGAGAAUGUUGAAUCCCUGAUCUUGAACUUCCACAAGGCUAACAAGAAGAUAUCCCACCUAGAAUAUAUUUGCAAGCACAAGACCAACACUAUGAACAACCUUCAGCAGAACCAGGAGGAUGCUUUUGCAAAAAUGUCUGAACAGUUAAAAGCACAAAAACAUUGCUGGCAGAAAGAAAAGAAAUAUCUUGAAUACCAGUACUCAAAUCUCCUUGCAGAAGUUCACUCAAGAGCACAGGAAUGUGAAGAAAUGGCACAGAAAAGCAGGCAAAAGGUGUAUUGCCUUGAACAAAUCUGUGAGAAACUGGUGCAGGAGAACAAUUCUAUGAGAAAUGCAUUAUCACAUGCUCACAAGGAGCACUCAUCUCUGCUGGCAGCCUGUGCUCUGCUGUCAGGGGCCCUGUGUCCUCUCUACAGCUGACUGUGUGCUGUGUCUUCCCAAAGAGACAUUCUCCAGGACCAGGCAAACUUCCACAGAUUAGUGAACCAGAGGAUCAGGAGCCUCCUUUAUGCUCUCCCUGCUAACAUGGGAAGAAAUCAGGACGAAGAAAGGCUGAGGCAGAGAAGAGCCAAACAGCUGAUUUACGUGUUCAGAAGAGCCGUGAUUGCAGUUCUGGCCACCAACAGGCUGAGAGCUCUGGCCCGAUAUUCUUACUCCCUCUUCGUCCGGACAGAUGGCUCCAGAGGAAGCUCUAGAAUUCAAGUUUGUGCGGGAGAAUCCAAAGGCAGGCAUCAUGAGUCACGUUUUGAAGAGGAAGGAGUUGACUGUAUUGAAGCACUUGACUGGUUGACUAGCUCUAACCUCCAUACUGCAAUAAUCAGUUCCUUCUCUGAACUGCAGGAUGUUCUCAGCAAACCAGAUCCAAACUCCUGGGUUUCUGGACACUCACUCGUCAAUGCAGCCAGGAACUCCUUUGCAAAACUGAUGGACAACCUGAGCAUGUUGAUGGAGACGGUUCAAGGGAAACCUUGCGAGUGA